AUGAGAAAAGUUGGCGCUAUCCUAUUAUUAGUGCUGGCCCUGCAGUUGGCUUUAUCGUCGGCUAUCCCGACCCCAUUCGCUUCCUUUGUCUCGAAGAAAAAGGCAAGAUCUGCACCCAGACAACAAAUAUCAAAGGGAACCAAGCAAGAGACCCCCAAAGCCGUCAACAGUGCAAAAGGAGCGACAACGAGACCACCUGUCGACUUCAAAGCCAUUGGGAAAUAUGUUGGGUCUCUGGCAGUGCAAAUGUCCGCUCUCUUCUUGGUCUGGUCCUGUAUCGACACCGUGGUCACAGCCGUGCCUAAUGGGGAGGGUCUACCACGAUGGACCAACACUAUUCUAUUCUAUGCUCUGAAUCUUUUGUCCUCCAAAUUCAAUCCACUACCAAAAGUUUCGGAAGGAUCAUAUGCGUCUCCUGGGAGGAAGAGACCAUCUUGGACACCUCCUGGUUGGGUCUUUGCCGUCAUGUGGCCGUUCUUUGUUUUUGGCACUCGAGCCUACACCAUGGCUUUGAUUGUGGAGAAGGUCGGAUAUUAUGCCAACCCAAUCACCAUGUCACUCAUGUUGCAUUUGGGAUUUGCCACUUUGUGGAACAGCAUGUAA